UUCAAUUAGGUAGAGGUACAGUCAGUACAUACAAGUCAAGUACCACGCCUCGUAUACGUACAAAAAAAUAUCAGCUUUGAAAUUAAAGAUUGAAAAAUAAAUUUUUAAUUGAAUUUUUAUAAAUUGAAAAAUAAAAGUAAAAAUGGUUCGUGGUGGAAAAAAGCCUACUUUGGGAAAAGCUGAAAGUUCUUCGGUAAUUAAGGGUAAGGAAAGAUUUGACCCAAUUACACCUAAGAAAGAAAGUAGCAAAAAAGAAGAAAGGCAAAGUGAUAUUGAAUCAGAGGUUGAUGAAAAGUUAAGCGGAUAUAGCAUAUACAUAUUUAAUUUAUCACCAGAUGCAACCAAUAAUGAUUUAUGGCGAUUAUUUGCUCCAUUUGGUUCAAUAAAAAGCGUAGCUGUUAUGAAGGAUGGUGAUUCAAAGUUUAAUAAGGGAUAUGCCUUUGUUACCAUGAAAAAUUUGGAUGAGGCGUCCCAAGCCAUAGAAAUCCUUAAUGGGCAGUCUAUGGAUGGUCGUCCGUUGAGAAUAAGUUUCAAAGGAAAAAAGAUGGAGAGCGAUGAUGCAUUGGGUGAAAUCGGUUCAUAUCCAUUGUAUGUUUAUAAUCUUGCUCCAGAAUGCGACGAGGAUUCCCUUUGGAAACUAUUUACUCAAUUUGGAGCUGUAAAAAAUGUUUCCAUCGUUAAAGAUUCAAAAACGAAUGUAUCUAAAGGAUAUGCUUUUAUAACAAUGAGGAAUGUCGAUGAUGCUAAAGUUGCUAUACGAACUUUAAAUGGAUUUGUAUUAGAUAGUCGUCAACUGAGUGUGAGCUUCAAAAAUAAGAAAUUAGACAAGGAUCAAAAUAAUGAUGACAUUACCGAAAACAAAAUGGGAGAAUACCAUAUAUAUGUCAACAAUUUGUUGCCAGACGCCGAAGAUUCUGUUUUGUGGAAAUUAUUUGCGCAAUUUGGGGCUAUAAAAGAUGUAACAAUAGUGAAGGAUCCUCAGACCAAAAAAUGUCUUGGAUAUGGAUUCGUUACUAUGAAAAAUUUUGAGGAGGCCAAUUUGGCUAUAAAUACACUGAAUGAUUCGAAGUUGGAUGACAGAACUAUACAUGUCAGUUUCAAAACAAAAAAAGCUUUGAACAAAAGAGAAUUAAUUCAACUUUAAACUUUUACUUUAUAGUACAUUAUUUAUUAAGAAUACAUUUUUCUGCAUUGCAAUAAAUGGUUGGGUACCUAUUUCCAUUAUCAAUCUAUGUAACCAAAUAAAUAAAAUAUUUCAUUUUUUAUCUCUAAUUUACUCAUCUAACUUUUUCUAUGUUUUUUCUUAAAUAUAAGUAUAAAUGAUAUAUUUAAUUAAAUUUGAUUUUUUUAAUUUACUAAUAAAUAUACUGAUUUUUUUU